CGCCGCCGCUGCCGCCGCCGCUUCCGGACGGGGGAUGGGGGGUGGCGGUGGCCGCCGCCGCCGCCGAGGAGAGGCACGGGCAGAGGCGGAGGGAGCGCGGGCAGCAGCCGCUGCCGCAGCGCCCGGAGCCGGCGCGGCGGCACGGCCGCUCGGCGGCAGAGCUCCCUCGUGCAGCUGGACACGGUGUCUGUGCCACCUCCACAGAGCAGCUGAUCAUGCUGUGCUCUGGAGUGGCAAGAGCUCAGAAGACAUUUCCUGGCAUUUGAGUGCCCCUCCUGUGUGGUAAGGGGGUGCCUCUUGCUGGAUAUCAGAGCAGGUCGGCGUGGAUAGCGGGGCAGGAUGGCGGGCAGCAGCCAGCUCUGCAUUCGGCGUUGGACCACCAAGAACGUGGCCAAGUGGCUGAAGGAGGAGGGCUUCUGUGAAUAUGUGGAUCUGCUGUGCAACAGGCACAGGCUGGAUGGAAUUACCCUGCUGACACUUACCGAGUAUGACUUGCGAUCCCCUCCUCUGGAAAUCAAGAUCUUGGGAGAUAUCAAGAGGCUGAUGUUGUCCAUUCGCAAGCUGCAGAAGCAGCACAUCGACGUCCUGGAGGAGCUGGGCUACACCAGUGAGGGCCACGCUGGCACGGUGUGCCUGGCUGGCUCGCUGCAGGGGGCAGACUGGUUUUGUAAUGGUGAGGUGCCUCGGGACUGUGAUGGACCAAUUAGUGACUUGAAUGGUGAUCAGUAUCAAUAUGCAAAUGGAAAAAACAAACACGCCACACGAAGACUGGACCCAGAGUACUGGAAGACAGUUUUAAGUUGUGUGUAUGUCUUCAUAGUGUUUGGCUUUACAUCCUUUGUUAUGGUGAUAGUGCACGAGCGAGUACCUGACAUGCAAACAUACCCACCCCUGCCAGACAUAUUUCUAGAUAGUGUCCCUAGGAUACCAUGGGCUUUUGCUAUGACUGAAGUAUGUGGCGUUAUUCUUUGCUACAUUUGGCUCUUGGUUCUUCUGCUUCACAAACACAGAUCCAUACUUCUGCGCAGGCUGUGCAGCCUCAUGGGGACAGUGUUUCUAUUACGUUGCAUUACCAUGUUUGUUACCUCACUCUCGGUGCCAGGCCAGCACUUGCAGUGUACUGGAAAGUUGUAUGGCAACGUUUGGGCAAAACUCCAGAGGGCAUUUGCAAUAUGGAGUGGCUUUGGAAUGACUCUGACUGGAGUACAUACAUGUGGAGAUUAUAUGUUCAGUGGUCACACUGUCGUCCUGACCAUGCUCAACUUCUUUGUCACAGAAUAUACGCCAAGGAGCUGGAACUUCUUGCACACCUUGUCCUGGGUCCUGAAUCUCUUUGGAAUCUUCUUCAUUUUGGCUGCACAUGAACAUUAUUCUAUAGAUGUCUUCAUUGCCUUUUACAUCACUACAAGACUCUUUUUGUAUUACCAUACAUUGGCUAAUACUAGAGCAUAUCAACAGAGUAGGAGGGCAAGGAUAUGGUUUCCAAUGUUUUCCUUUUUUGAAUGCAAUGUCAAUGGUACUGUUCCCAAUGAGUAUUGCUGGCCCUUUUCAAAACCUACUAUACUAAAAAGAUUAAUUGGUUGAAGACUGUGUGGGUCAGUUCAGAUUUUUAUGAAGCAUUAUGACUAAGAUCCUACAAGGCUGGCUACAAGGGGGAAGUCAAGUAACAUUUUUCACUCUGUGAUCUCCUCCUUGCCUUGUUUCUUGGAUUCUUAGCCAUAAAAUGGGGUUCCCAUACUUUACAGGGAUGUGUUUUGUUUUCUCCUUGUGAAAAUAGAAAACAAUGCAGGGAUGGGUAAAGGCUAUCAGGGAAGCACGAGUAUAAACCAGAAUACUGUUACCCUUGGUAAGGUUCUGUGUGGAUGUUUAUGGAAUAAUAACCUCAAAUGCAUACUGAAUAUAACACACCCUUUACAGGUCCAGAUAAUCUUUGUUACCCAAGUACCAGCCUUUACAUAUACUGAUGAAAAAAUUAGAACUUCAUGAAGUCUUUCUUUGAAAGCAGUCACAAAUGUAAUUUUUAAAACAAACUGUGUAUAUUUAAAGAUUGAGGAGGUCUGUGUCAUAAUGAAGAAAGCAGUGUAGUUCUUUAUAAGAGAGGAGGCAGGGUCUCUUAACUGUUAAAUUACGAGCCUUGACAGUAUAAAUGGUCUGCAUACAGGUUGCCAAAAAUGAAAGUCUGCCUUGUGGCUGUACAGUGAUGAUAUUUUUUUUAAAUGAGAACUUAUUUAGUCUAGUUUAUCAGUUGUCUGUAUGGUUGUUCUAGCACUUGAAAGUUUUCCCUUUUGUGUUUAAAUGAGUUAAAUUAAGUGGAACAUCCACUGAAAGUAAACUUAGCUUUAGUGAGUUUAAAGCCACAAAGUAACUUGUGUGAUCUUAAUUGCUUUAUACCCAAACCCAUGCAUGCUUUUCAGGAGCAGUUCUUUAAAUUGGAAAAACAGAACAGUUUGUCUUCGCGUAUCUUACUGUCCUGUAAAUGGAUGGGAAAAAUGCAUGCAGUAACUCUUUCAGGAAUAGUAAUAAUAGUGAUAUUGGAAGUAGUGCUCAUGUUGAUGUAUGUUUUAGCACUCUGGUGUCAACAAUAUGGUGACUAUCUCUGGAUAUAUAUAUAUGCACAGUAUUUUUGGUUAUAUGUAUAAACACACAGUAUAUGUUUUUCUAACAACUAUGAAAAGAGGCUAGUUCUUAAUUUAAGUUGCUCAUUUACUCUGCUGAAAGAUACCAUAAACAGUUGAGUUUUGUUUGUUGAAAAAACCAAACCACAACCUACAACAAAACAUCCCCCAAAACCUCAAACCAGCACUCCGAGUCCAUAAUGCAUGGGCAGGGUCACACAAGGGUCAGUGACCUCAGUGGAUUGUGGGGGACAAUACUAAAGCUGCCUGUGGAGCCUUGAUUUAGAUUUGCUCUAAAUGAAAACUGAUAGGUACAAGGUACAAAAUCAUAGCAAUGGCAUGGGCCUUUUAAUUCGGUUACUGCAACUUCAGAUAUGCAAAUGUAGUGUAAGUCAGCUUUAGAAAGUUACCCGAAGCAUUUCCAGCUUGGUACUAGCUGACUCAAUGGGCACUGUGUACUUGUGUGUGCAUGGAAGUGAAUCCAUUUCGAAUUUGCAAGGUUUUGUGUUUGGAGGCUUGUGAUCUCCUUUGGGCUACUCCUUGCUGUAUUGUGUUUUAUAAACCUUGACUGUACUAACUUGACUACCUUACACUCUUCAUAGUAUAUUACUAUUGUAACUUAAUUUAGCUCCUGUUCCACAGAAGAAUUAUGCAUCUUGGAGUAUCUCUGCCAACUGUAAUGAGCACAUGUACACUGUACUAUUCCAGAGAUUUUUAUAUUUGUAACAUUCCAGUUUUUUAGCAAAAUUGCAGGUUUAAUACUAUAUUGUUCAAUCUGCCAUAGCCUGAUGGUUUUUGCCAUCCAAAUCGGGGGAGCACGCGUACACUUAAAAAGGGGGAGAAAAUAUUCUGAAAGAUUUAAAGACUUGCCAUUUGCUGCUCCUAACUUUCUGAUUUCAGAAAGGCAAUUUGAACAUUCCUCUUGAGACUUUAUAAUGAAAGAGUUCUAUUUGUUAAUUUAUAUUUGCCUUUGCAAUGCACACAGUUAUGAAUGCUGUUUUUCUAAACUGUAGGAAACACCUGUUCUCAGGAUGUGCAGGAUUGUAAUCUGAGGUAUGGAGAGAUAUGCAAUUAAACUUGCAAAGCUGUUUUGAUUCUGAGAAUAACCAUUUGAGUGGUAACUGGCAUAACUGCAUCUAAACUGAAAUACUAUUUUACAACUUAGACAUGCAGGAGAAUUUUCAAGUAUAGCCCGGUGUAAGAAUGUUUACAUAAAGUAAAGCUAUCAUUUCAAUAUUUUUUAUUUUUUGUAGUGAAGUUCAUAUACAUUGAAACAUAAGGAUUCUUUGUUCUAAUUUAAUUUUCAAAUUCUGUUAAGUAAAUUGUGUUUUAAAUCAGCCUUGUCUAUCAUUGUUUUUUAAAAGAAGCUUGUUCUUUUGUGCUGUUUCCCUUGAUGCUAGAUAUCUAAAUUCCAGGAUAAGUAAUAUAUAAUGGUUGGUUUUGUUAGCAGUGGAGUGGAUUAAAACUUUGUCGGGGUAAUUGUCUUCUGCAAUUUUGAAAGUUCAUUUUGUCUGUCUGUAAACAUGCAAGAGGAAAGCUUGAAGUUAAUAGAAGACAGAAAAAUAUGAUCUUGCUUGCAAGAGAGCACAGGUCAGUCUGUAAAGUUGGGAAUGUAUGCUUUAUUGUUAAUUAGAUGGAAACAAGUUGCAGGUAACUGACAGACUUAACACCUUGUACCUCCUUUUGAGUUAGUGUUUUAAAAGCAUUUUGCUGCUUGUGUUGCUGACAAGCACUUUUAAGUAAAGGCAGCAGAACACCUUGGGCCUUGGAUUUAAUGCUUAGUAUGUGCAGGAAUGUCUUUAUGUUCACAUGCCAUCACUGCUCUCCUUUAACAUGUUGCACCUCUUUGGUGCUAAGGUGUCUUCUGUGGUCUGUGAGUGCCCACAUACUCUGAAUUCAGAAUAAUGAAUGAAUUGCUGUGUCAUGCCAGCAAGUGCAAGUGUCUCAACAGCAUUAGUACUACAAAGUGCACAAACAAAUCGAGUAGUGAAGUCUGAAAUAAGUAACCACAUAUACAGAAGAAGGGGAGGGUCACAUUUUUUGCUAGCUUAGCAAGUUUAGUAAUAUAUGCACAAGCCUUGGCAAUAGGGUUGAGCUCUUCCUUAUUAGUUUGGGGAUAUGUAUGUACAUACCUGCAAGAGACAGACACACAGACUCUUCCCCCAUCCUUUUUCUUUGGUUCUUUGUACCUUAUGACACAGUUUCUAAACUUUUUGCCUUUAGUUUUUCAUUUCUGAAAGAUUCCUUAAGCAUGUUAUGACCUUACAGCUGCACAGAAUUAGACCUUCGUAGAUGUUGGUUUUAAAAAAUUCUGAUUACACUGACAAAAACUUAUGGAAGGAUCUUUAAGCAAGGUUCUCCAAGUGAUACUGAACAAUACUUUAGAAAGCUUCCAUAUAUACAAAUUACCUUCAUGUCCUGUGGCAAACACAACACUUACACAAAGUGUUGGUACAAAAAUGUAGAUAGGCCUGAAGGAUUUAAAUGUCCAAGACUAACAAGAAUUGGCUCCCAUAAGUGCACUUGUAUGUUUAACUUCAAGCAAAUGACUAAAUACUCUUGACUUUAGUGAGUGUUACCAUUUUAGUUUAAACAUGGUUUUGGAUAAAGCCCAGUGCAAACUGUGUGUGGUAUACUGCUACAGUAAUGGGAAAAGGUAAUGUCACUUUCUUUCUGGUUUUCUCUGAUGUCUUUCCCCUUAUCUGCUGUAGAAGAAAACAAUCCAGUAGAAUUUCAAAGAAAUUGCUACCUAACUAGGUUCUGAAAGAAAGAAUCUGUAAAAAUCCAAAAGACUGCAUAAAACCUUUGUAAUUACCUGCUUUAAGAAGCAAGGGUCAGUUAAAUGAUUUGGGGGAAAAAAGUUAUUUUUUGAUGCAAGCAUGUUAAAUAAGGUAAUUUAAAACUACUGAAACCCUCCAAGAAGGAUAAAAGCACACGUUCCUAUAAUCUUCUUUUGUGUACAGCUGUAUCUCAUGUAAUGGCAAAAAGAGAGUUAAAGAGGAAAGAGUUGAGCUCAGACACCAGUACAAGUCUUCUGCAGCAAUUAAUACCUUCUUGUUUUUUAACCAUUGCCUGCAUGCUUAGUGCUACCCUUGUCCAUUACUAUUAGCUAGUUUUCUGAUGUACAAAGCCCACUUGGCUCUCAAACAUCAGUCAUGGAAAAAAAAACAAAAACAAAAACCAAACAGUAGGUUUUAUGGACCUGGAGUGUAACAAAAAUAACUUAAAACAACUGUGAUAGUUUUUCAUCUUGUCCAUGUAGUCCCUGCUCAAGAGUUAGGGAGAAUUUGCAGUAAUCCACAGAUAAUACUGAUUUUUUUUUUAAAAUAACCAUGGGUACCUUUUUAGAAAUCUGACCUGUAUCUUCAAAAACCACCAUAGUCUUGUCAAGAUGGAAGUAUAUUUGACAGAAGUCCUAGCAGUGAGACAGCUUACCCUCUGAAUUAUUUUGUGCACGUAGAUUUCAACAAUAAGGAUUAACUAAUAGACCACUGGUUUAUAAAAUUCUAAAACACAAAAUAUUUCUGAUAUGUCUUUGACCUAGUCACUAUUCCAAUUGAAACAGUAUUCCUGGGGGAAAAAAAAAGUUACUUGGAGUGAGCCUGCUGAUGUCUUGUUCAUUAUAUGAAGAAAAUGACAAAAAACCCUCACAACACUACGGUAUUGUGAAGACUGAACCUUCCAUAUAGCAGUAUCCCACAGCCUUACCACUUGUAUCCUGACAGAUUUGCAGUGAGUAUUUGUACAUAUUCAGUGACAUACACAUGUUAAAAGGCAGUUUGUGAUAAGUGUGUAAGAACUGAAGGUGAUAAAUACGGAGCACAAUAACCUGACGUGUUAGCCUUGACUGUGUAGUUAGAAAGACUAACAGCAACUUCGUUUUGCUCUUUCAAUUCAGUUUUGUCAAAAAAGGAGAAAUUUUGUGAAAUUCGAGAAACCAUGAACUGCAUUGUACAUGAUAAGGAUGUAGAAACAAGGCUUUUCAUACUGCAGUCACUUCAGUUUUGUCCUGAGAAAAUAGUGUUAUCUAAUGGCUAGAAGGUAUGCCAGUGAAGUGUAGAGUACUGUAAAUAAGUAAAUAUUGUUUUGAUUCUAAACUCAGAUUGAAUUAAUAUAUUGUUUUAUAUCUUG